CCUGACUUCUGUACCGGUUGAUCGGUCCCAACGCGCACUUGACGGCGUGCACCACGGCAGAUCACGCAGAUCCUGGUCGUCGCACGGACGCUGAGUUGGAUUCUGGGAACUUCCUUGGCUGGUCCGAGUCUGGUUCGGGCGUCAGCUUGGAGUCGGGGUCGAAGUCGGGGCUGGAAUCCGGGGAAGACGCAACCUGAUUCUCUUAAACCACGGUGUUAUUCCAGGCUCAGCCUAACAUAUCUACAAAGUACUUGUAAACGUUCUUUCUCACCGUCUGAAUAUGGUUGUAAAAGCUUGCGACCACUGCCACGGGAACAAGGAGAAAUGCUCCUUUGCAGACAAUCAGCUGGCCUGCGCCAGAUGCCGCCAUUUGAAUAUCGUGUGCACCGUAUCCCGAAGGCACAGACGACUCGGCCGACGGCCUGCUGCUAAAUCCUUUCCACAUGGCAUAAUGCAGGUCUGGGGUAUCGAGGACCAGGAACGCAGCAAACCCAAGGCGCAGGAGUGCGGUGUCUCGCCCCACGCCCCCAUUACAGAGUCCACAUCGCGUAUGCCGACAGAUAUAAAAGACGGAGUGACACAGGACGCUAUUACCGCCGUUGUCCCGCCGGCGCCAGAACGGUUGCUUGCUGCCCCUGCCGAUCUGCGGACUAUCUCGGAUGCCCUACGCACAGUCGAGGAUGUGCAACAGUUCGCUGUCAUACACAUGCCGUUCAUGCUAGGCACUACAUUCGCUCUCGACUGCCAAAGGGCAGUUCACACGAUUCUGCGCUUUUCAGCACCGACCCUGACCGAAGGAUACCUGGCGUUCCUUGGGUUAAUGACGCGGCACCAAAGCUCGCUUGUCCUGCACAAGCAAAGUCCCGAUCUAGAAAAGGCAGCAAAGGGCCUUCAACGCCUCAGAAGCGUCACCGUAACGCAUGACUAUGACGCCGCCUGUGCUCUCUUCCUCGGCCAAGCCAUGUAUGUAUUCGACAUACUGACCACAGCCAAUUCCUCCACCGCCCAUUCCAUCAUGCGCAGCGCUAUGAUAUCGGCUCAGCAGUGGUACCCGAGACUCAUCAACUUUCCUGCAAUGGAUACGGUGAUCAUAUGCCCGAUUCUGGUAGACACUACCGAGUGUUUAGCGCGGCGUGAAAUCCCCGUCAUUCGACUUACACUGCCAGACCGUAUCAUUGUGGAUCGUUAUGCAGGGCUUUGCUCAACUCUGUUGCCUCUUCUCUAUGACCUCUGUGCGCUCAGUAAUGCCAGAAAAAAUAUCGUUAACGACACGACGUCCGAAACCGAUCCAGGGGACGACUGGCUCGGUGAUGUAGAGCAAAAGAUCAAAGACUGGAAGCCAGUCACACCUCCUACCUUCUACACCGAUCACGGGAAACACGAAACCCUGAUAAUGAUGACCCAAGCCAGGGUCUAUCGUCUCGCUGGCCUUUUGGUAAUACACCGCUUGCGGUUCCCCUUUGGAGUUGAAGAUGAGGCCGCAAAGGGACUUGCUAGUAGCAUCUUCUCUGAAAUGUUUUCUUUCGCCAGGUCACCCGGUAAGGACUCAACGGCCUUGCCGGUGGUGUUUCCUUUGAUAGUGGCCAUGUUUGAAGUUGAGGGUCCGGGCGAGGAGAUACUGGGCAUUCUAUCAUCGUUUACUGUGCAGGGCCUUUGUGCUGCAAAACUGCAGGGUUUUGUGAAGCAGGUUAGGGCAUUCAGGAAGUCUGGAUUCCGGGGUACAUGGUUCGACUUGGUUGAAACGCAUCUCAACGCAGCUAUGGUGCCAUAGGUCUUAACUCAAUACCAACAGUUAUUAUCAGUAAAUUUAGCCAUGGCUUAAUGACAAAGUAAUAUGCAUAAUAG